AUGCACUCCCUUCCCACUCCACCUAAGUCCGGCUCGGAACUAAGAUGGAAACAAGCCAUCGCAACAAUCAGCCUAGGCGCCGCCAAUCUGCAUUCAAUCUCUUCCAAGAUUGAAGCCGCCGCUCAAACCGGACAAGAAGGCAUAGAACUCUUCCACGAUGAUCUUGCCCAGCUCGCCAAGACUCUCCGCAGCCAAGCACCUGCAGCCGUAGCAGCCCGCACCGACCGCGAGUACGAGAUUGACGCCGCGCAUGCGAUCCACGAUCUCUGCGUCGAGCGGGGCCUUCACAUCCUCGCCCUCCAACCCUUCCGCCACUACGAGGGUCUCCUCGAUCGACAGCAACACGCGCGACGGCUCGACGAGCUCCAGCACUGGGUAUCGCUCUGCAACAUCCUGGGCGACUCGCUCUUCAUCCUGAUUCCAUCCUCGUUCCUGGACGCUUCAGAGACAACGGGCGAUCGGGACCAAAUCGCCACUGAUCUGGCGCAGGCAGCAGAUCUGGCAUUCCCCGUUCGAAUUGCGUACGAGGCCCUGGCGUGGGGCACGCAUGUGAGCACGUGGGAGGAUUGCUGGGAUGUGGUUUGUAGGGCUGAUCGGUCGAAUUUGGGCAUCUGUUUGGAUACGUUUAAUAUUGCGGCUAGGGUUUGGGCGGAUCCGUUGAGUCUGGACGGGAGGUUGCCGCCGUGUGCGGAUGAGGAUUUGCGGGUGUCUAUGCAGAGGCUGGUUAACGAGGUUGAUCCUGAUCGUGUUAUGAUGGUUCAGCUGGCUGAUGGGGAGCGGGUUGAUCCGACUGAGCCGUUCCUUCAGGCUCCAGGCUUGCACCCUUUGCUUGCUUGGUCGAGGAAUGCUCGUCUGUUUCCUUGUGAGGAGGAGCGUGGAGGAUACCUACCAAUCCGCGAAGUUACUGAUGCUUGUUUAAAUGGUCUCGGGUAUUCUGGGUGGGUUAGUAUGGAAGUCUUCUCGCGGACUCUUGGGGAAAAUAGCCCAUCGGUCCCCAAGGAACAUGCUGCUCGGGCUAGUCAAUCUUGGCAGCGAGUAUUGGGAAUGUUGGAGGCGAAGGAUGAGAAGCUUCAUAAUGAGAUUUGA